AAUAAAGAGAAGGAAAACCCCCCUUUUUUUUUGUCUCCUCCGAAGAGACGAACUCGUUAAUUUUCUAUUCGUUGAUAUUAUCAAAAAUAAUUGCGGGAAAGUUUGAAGAUCAUCGGAUCUGAGGGAAGUUAUUCGUCUACUGGCGGUCUAAUUCCGGCGAUCGCGGGAUCGAUUAGAAUUUACGGCGAUCGGAAGGGAAUUCUAGGGUUUUGGGGAUGGAAUUUGGUGAGAUUUUAGGAGAUUGGCGUAGGAUUUGAAGGCGGAUGUUGUCGUUGAGGAGUAGGGAUGAAGGGAGGAGGGGGAUGGGGUUAGGGUUUCAAUCGAUGGAGGAGAACGAGCUUGAAGAAGGAGAGGCCUUCCUCAGACGCGAGGACGAUGCUUACGUCGAUCCUGAAGUCGCAUUCUCUUAUAUCGAUGAAAAACUCCAAGACGUAUUAGGGCACUUUCAAAAAGACUUUGAAGGUGGAGUCUCUGCCGAGAACUUGGGAGCAAGGUUUGGAGGAUAUGGUUCCUUCUUGCCUACCCACCAGCGUUCUCCUUCGAUUCUCUCUCAACCCAAGAGUCCACUGGCAACCCCAGAUCAUACUCUCUUCAAAUCUCCCUACAAUUCAUCAGUUGAGUGUGAACGACAAAACCCUUCAGUUUCAAGGGGUACAACAAUCUCCAGAAAUAACAAUGCCUCAGUUAUACAACCUGGUAACUUAAACAGAAAGGAGAACAGCAUCAGUUCAGUUCCUGCUGGCAGUUGUUUUCCUCUUCUUGAUUCCAAUGUUAGACCAGUUAAUGUCAGCAAUACAAAGUCACUGAAGGUUCGCAUUAAAGUUGGACCUGAUAACACUUUGGCAAGAAAUAAUGCAGCUAUUUAUAGUGGUCUUGGCCUUGAUACUUCUCCUUCAUCUCCUGAAGACAGCGCUGGUUCUAGUCUACGGCUUUCUUCAACAUUUCAAGAUGCCUCUGGUGAAUCUCCUUUGUCCAUUCUCCAGGAUAUGACAUGCUUUUCAGUUCCUGGUGGUCAUUUACUGUCACCUCUUCAGGAGAAUUUAUUCCAGCUGACAGAAAAUGAAAGCAAUUUCCGUAGAAAAUAUGGGAUUAUCGAUUAUGGGGAACCAGAUAUGUGUGCUUCUCCAAUUAAGACCUGGUCUAUGAGAGCUAUGAAAGGCUGCUAUGACAAGAAAAUAAAAUCAGAUGAGAAGAAUAGUGAGUCAAUAGAAGAAGAAUGCUUGAGCUGCAGAGAGAAUACAGUCAAAAUCUUGAAGAAAGAAAAGGACAUUGACACCCUGGCAAGUAAAAGCGGUGUUUUGACCACCGUAAAUAUGUCAACUAAGACCUGUUCAAGGACGCUUGAUCCAAGAUCUGAACAACAGAUAACUGGUGACUCAACAAAAGUUUCUAAAAAGGCAGUGGGCGUUUCUGAAGAGCUAAAUAAGCCUUCUGCCCAGGAUGAACUUCCCUUACCUUCUCAAGCCAGAGACGAUCAGACUAUACCCAUGGAAAAUGUGAAAAUUGGUGGUGUCACUAAUUUGGUAAAUGGAACCAUACAUUCCAAGAGGAAACUGAACUCCAAAACAAGUUCACUGGAGAAGGGUUUUAAAGAAAAAACUCUAAGUAAUCAUAAAAAUAUUUCAUCUGAGACCCGGAGAGAGCGAAAAGACAAGAAUAAGAAAAGUUAUGAUAUAAGCAAAUCAAACAAUGACAAAUAUAAUGGUAGGAGUGAUCAUGUUGCUGGUCAUUCUGAGCUUAUGAGGCAGAUGCCUGCUCAGAAAGUUACUUCACAUGAAAAGAUGCUUCAAGUAAACAAUCAAAUGCAUGAAGGUAAUAAAAGUCAAAAAGGGAAUCAUACUAAUUAUCCACCACUGCUCGAAUCAAUUCAAACUCCAAGAAACCUAAGGGCUUCCUGCUCUGUGGUACCAAACGAAAAUAAGAAAACCUCUCGUGGAAGAGUUCACUGUUCUGAAAAUAAGUCUAACAUGUUGAAAUCCCAUAAAGAAACUAACAAUGCACAUUCUAGAGAAUCUCAGAGAGAUGUUGUUGGGAAUGUAAAGGCACAAAAGGGGGAGAACACGGCUGAUUCAUUGGAGCCCUUUACAGUCACUGAAAACUCAGUGGAGAGGUCAGGCGUCCAGCAAGAAGUUAAUCUUCAAGCCAAGCUGAUGGAAAACCCUCCGUUUACUUCCUCGAUGUUCACUGUGCCGACUUCGGAUGUGGCUGUUGCAUUGGAGGCCCCUCCUAGUGUGCUCAUAAACUGGGUUUGCUGCGAUCUAUGUGAGAAGUGGCGCCUAUUGCCCUUCGAUGCAGAUCCUAAUAACCUUCCAGGGCAAUGGGAAUGUAGCAUGCAACUUUGGCUGCCUGGACUGAACAACUGUGAUAUCAGUGAAGAGGUUACAACAAAAGCAUUUAAUACACAAUACCUGGUUCCAGCUUCCGAAAUCGGUGCUAACUUAAAUGGCCAUCAUAAUAUUGCUGCAUCAAGCAUUACGUCUGCUGACGCACAGCUUUCUGACCGAAGACUUGAUCAUGAUUUGCAGAGCGUGGCUACUAUAGGGAAGAAAAAGAGUGGACCAGUAGGUGUAUCAAAUGUUCCUGAAAAUUCAGUGUCAAAGAAGAACCUUCAGGCCUCUGUCAAGAAUAGAAGUUCAACCGGAGGGAAUCAGUCUACUCUGGUUGCAAACUCUUCAAUGAAAGCUGUUCUUGGGCUCACAAGCAAGUCAGUGGACUUCAAUAUGGAAAAGCACAACCACAAACAGAAGGAGAAGCAUGAAAUUUCAGAAGGCAAUUCAGAUGGAGGAGAUUUUGCUGGAAAAAGUGGCAGACAUUCAAAGUCAAAGAACAAAAGAGAAGUCACUCAAGAUGGAUUUAGAACAGCUAAGAAAAUUAAGAAAGCAAAUUCUGAUUAUCUUGUUGAAGAUCGGCUCUCUGAUCCAUAUGAGACUGGCAAGGCAGCUCCUUACGUGGAUGACGGUUUGGCUGCUAAAUUAACGGGAAAGAUUCUGCAGCAUAACUUUGACCACUCUUCUUCCAGGGACUCCAAGUCUGGACUAAGACACAAUAUGUCAGCAUCUAACAAUAAGCCAAAAGGUCCUGUUCUUCUCUAUUCAGAUGGGAUCUACAAAGAUAAUUUGAGGGCUGCAGAUGUAGAAACGUCUGGUAUACUUGACUAUGCUUCUAAGAAAAGGAAAGUGAAAGAAUGGCAGGAGAGUCAGGUCCACCAGGAGACUAUGGUUAGCCCUCAUCAUGCAUCAGACAGUGGACUUAUUGCCAUUGAAGCAUUCAAUGAAAAUCAGUUGAUGAAACAAAAGAAGGCUAAGGCAUUCAGCUCUGAGGGCAAGGAGUCCAUUGUGAGUAAUGGAGAUGAAAAAGCCGACAAGAGAGCUUGGUCCACAAGAAAUUUGUUGUCUGUCAGUAGAGAGAAGCAGUCUGAUGGGAUGGCUGAGGAGGGAAGACUAGGAAGGAAGAAGCAACUGGAGUAUCAAGAAACUGCAGUUUCUCGACAGGCUUUGGAUGGCAAUGACCCUUUGGAAAGGGAUACAAAUUAUGCACAGUUGCCUACAGCUGCUACUUCAAGUUCUUCAAAGGUAUCUGGUUCCCGCAAAAGUAAAGUUAACGUGCGGGAAAUAAGGAGUUCUCCUGUGGAGUCGGUUUCUUCAUCUCCAGUGAGGACCUCUACUACUGAGAAAGUCGCUAUCCGAAGGAACUCGGCAGUGAAGGAGUGCAUUCAGAAAAAAGAUGCACGAGUUGAUAUCUCACCUGCUGGCGUUGAAGAGGUGAAUGUUGUAGGUGAUGCUGAGAAUAUACUGGAUCGUGAUGUCAAAUAUCUCUUCGACAGGCAAAAAGAAAUCGUCAUAGAUGGUGGAGAGAAUCUGUAUUAUCCUCGUCUUUCAAAAGAAACUAGGCAAUGGAAGUCACGUAAGAACUCUUCUUGCUUCAAGGAGAGAGACAGAAGUUCAAAUCCUGAUGCCAACAGAGGCAAGCUGAAAGACUCGGAGACUGUCAAUGACAGGAAGAAAUUAUACUCUAUGAAGAAUUGGGUCAAUUUUCCAUAUGAAGCUGACGCCAACUGUAAUGACUGUAAUGAUAAUUGUACUCGUCAUGAAGAUUCAAGGGAUGGAAAUUUCAAUUUGCAGUUGAAGGAUGGAGAUUACUCGGGAAAGAAAAAUUCUUCUGCAAAGUCACCUCAUCUUGAUAGAAGAAAUAAUCACUUCAACUAUGGAUUAAGAAAAAAUCUGGAUGCUCAUCACAAGGAUAUCAACUCGAGAGUUACAUCUGCUGGAGGUGGUUGUAAGUCCAACUUGCAGGAAAAUCUCCAACAGGAACCUUCUUACCCAAGUGAAAAUCUAGCGAGUCUUUUGGAUGACAUUGAUAGAUCAGAUGUUGCUUCAGGGAGAGGGAUACCACAAACAGUCCAAUCUCCAAAGGGUAAAAAUGAAGCACAUAAUUCAGGUUCUCAAACAAUACCUGCACCUACCAAUGAAAGUAGGUCAGACACAUACCCUACUGAUGCGACGAAUAAGCCUGACAACCAGAUUGGUAUACGCACUAAUAGUCUGAGAGCCACUCCUAAUUGUCAUGACACUAGUCCAAUGAGGCGGGAUGGUCCUUCUGUUGCAAAUGUUGUCUUGAAAGAAGCUAGAGAUUUAAAGCACACUGCUAAUCGCUUAAAGAGUGAAGGUCUAGAUCAUGAAAGUAUUGGCUUAUACUUUGAGUCAGCUUUGAAAUUUCUAUAUGGCGCCUCUCUUUUGGAGCCCCUCAGUGCUGAAUGCACCAAGCAUGGGGAGAUGAACCCCUUGGCACAAAUGACAUCAAUGUACUCUGAUACAGCAAAGCUAUGCAAGUAUUGCGCUCACGAGUAUGAAAGGUGCAAAGAGAUGGCUGCCGCUGCUUUAGCAUACAAGUGCGUGGAAGUGGCUUAUAUGAAGGUUGCGUACUAUAGAACUCCUGGUGCAAGCAAAGAUCGGCAUGAGUUGAGUACGGCUUUUCAAACAGUUGUUCCAGGCGAAUCACCUUCAUCAUCUUCUUCAGACAUUGAUAGCUUAAACAGUCAGGGAGCAUUGGAUAAAGCUGCUUCAGCCAGGGCUGCUGGUUCACCAAUUGCUGGCAAUCUUGUUAUUGGUGCUCGUAACCGCCCUGCCUUUUCCCGGUUGCUAUCUUAUACACUUGAUCUUAAUUGUGCAUUUGAUGCUACAAGGAGAUCUCAGAAUGCUAUUGCAGUGGCUAGUGCAAACUUGGAGAAAGACGGAGUUGAUGGCAUCUCUUCAGUGAGAAAAGUUCUUGACUUUAACUUCCAUAAUGUAGAGGAACUUCUUCGACUAGUACGACUUGCAAUGGAGUUGAUCAGUUGUUGAAUAUUUGAAGACUGAGGAUCCUUUACAUAUGUCUUCUCCAUAUUAUACCUCUUCAUGUCCGCCAUAAGGGAGGGAAGCUUAUCCUGUUCCUUGUUUACCUCUGUGAUGGCAUUACCAAAAGAGGUUUGGGCAUAACAGGCAGGGGCUUCUUGUGAAAUGUGUACAUAUUGUUCUGUUUGCAAUUUUUGUAUAGUAUUCUUUGCAGCCUCGGGCCUUUUAGAUUGAUAAGGUUCUUAGCUUCUGACCCAUUGGUGUACGGAGUUGUGCAAAAUGGAGUUGGCUCUCUUAGGCUGCAUUGACAGUGAGACGGGGAGUACAUCGUUGAUUGUGGAUUUGUAUCCAUUCUAGGAAUGGAUCUGAGCGGAGGAUGCUAUGUUUCCAUCUUUUGGCUCUUCUAUCUGCUAGAUUUUUUGUUACUUUAUAUUUAUGACUAGAAGUGGUACAUUCAUUUGUACCUCUUUUCUUAAGCUGCUGCUCAUCACUUGUUCAAGAAUGCAUGGAGCUUAACAUGACUGACAUAGAUGAACCUGGUUGGCCUAUUAAGUUCUGUACCAUAAGCAUGGGGUUUUUUCUUGUUGUCCUGGUGAAGGAUGACUGGUAUUGGGAUGGCCGACUCGUACUGGAAUGAUUACUUUAGACUGUAUACAUUCAUCUAAUUCUUUUUAAUCUAAUAAGAAGAAUUGAGUGGUACCCUUACCUGAAAGGAUGCAUGUUAGGUGCAAUGUCAUUACACAUAAACCUUGGAGGCAGGAGUUUUGAUUUUCCCCCCCUGCAGUCCAUGUUGCUGUUAUAACUUGUGUUUUUAUCAGUGAAUACCAGGUCAGGCAGCUAUGGUCGAUGGUAACAAGAGGCUUCUACUAAUAACUGUCGGAUUUCUAUUGAAUUGUUCAUACGAGGACGGUCUAAAAUUUUUUGAUUGGACUGAAAAAUCCCCUCCCAACUUGGGUAUCAUUUGUAAAUAAACAUAAGAAUCAAUUUAUUCAUUUUGAAUAAAAGUUACAAAAUCUCUCGAGGAUUUUGUCGUCGAUGCUUCAGAAGCUUCAAUUUUGAAAAGAUGGGUAUUAACCUUAGCUCCGUAGUGUAUUAUCUUUUGUGUCGGUCCGUUAAUAACAUGUCUUGUAACCCAAUCUCUAAAAUUGUAAAUUCCGGUCACCAGUAAACAAGUUUUGAGGCUUAUUGUUGUAUGAAGUACCAAGAUGGUCA